CUCUUACUUACACGAGCACCCCCCUACUCACAUUGCACUCCAGCUCAUCCCUCAUACCUGUGCUAUUACCUGUGCUCACUGCUCUUACAUCGCGCCUCCCCUUUCUCUACACCACUCACACAGACACCAUGGGUUCUGUUCCUGUCGCCAACGUCCCCCGCAUCGACGUCUCUCCCCUCUUCGGAGACGACAAGGAGGCAAAGCUCCGCGUGGCAAAGGCCAUCGACGCCGCCUCGCGGGACACGGGUUUCUUCUACGCCGUCCACCACGGCGUCGACCUCCCACGGCUCUCCCAUGAGACGGCCAAGUUCCACCGAACCAUCACCGACGACGAAAAAUGGGAACUGGCCAUCCGCGCCUACAACAAGGAGCACCAGUCGCAAAUCCGCUCCGGCUACUACCUGCCCAUUCCGGGCAAGAAGGCGGUCGAGUCCUUCUGCUACCUCAACCCCUCGUUCACCCCGGACCACCCCCGCAUCGCCCACCCGACGCCCAUGCACGAGGUCAACGUGUGGCCCGACGAGGAGAAGCACCCCGGGUUCCGCGCCUUCGCCGAGAAGUACUACUGGGACGUCUUCGGCGUCUCGGAGGCCCUGCUGCGCGGGUACGCCCUCGCGCUGGGCCAGCAGGAGGACCUGUUCACGCGCCACUUCCGCCGGGACACCACGCUCUCCUCGGUCGUGCUGAUCCGCUACCCGUACCUGGAGGACUACCCCGCGCCGGCCAUCAAGACGGCCGACGACGGCACCAAGCUCAGCUUCGAGUGGCACGAGGACGUCUCGCUCAUCACGGUGCUGUACCAGUCCGACGUGCAGAACCUGCAGGUCAAGACGCCGCAGGGGUGGCUCGACAUCGAGGCCGACGACUCGGGCUUCCUGGUCAACUGCGGGAGCUACAUGGCCCACAUCACCAACGACUACUACCCGGCGCCCAUCCACCGCGUCAAAUGGGUCAAUGCCGAGCGCCAAUCGUUGCCCUUUUUCGUCAAUCUCGGCUGGGAGGAUACCGUCCACCCCUGGAACCCCGCCGGCGAAGAAGGCGGUAAGAAGGAGGAGGAAGCGAGAGAGAGCGUUUCAUAUGGCGACUAUCUGCAAGGUGGCUUGGCGGGUCUGAUCAAGAAGAAUGGACAGACGUAGUGUAAGGUUACACUGUAAGUGGGACGCCGGCAUAUCUUGAGCUCCACAGAUCGACGACUAGGGGUGAAGAUUCGUAUGCCG